GCAAGCAAUCAGGCAAAUAGAAGCGUGCAGUCGUACAGUGCACAGGCACUUCUCUCCAGAAAGCAGGAAGCAAUGCUCAGUUUACUGACAGGCGAGUCAGAAGACCGACGAGAAGUCAGGACAUACUUUCAAAGCAAUAACAGACGGUAACAUUACCUGUGGGUCUCCCUAAGCCCACUUACGCUCUCUCUAGUGUGAUUACUCCUGUAUGCACAUUUACUCUCCUCUACCACUGGAAGUGGAGACCUUCAGAUGCACUUAUCCCCGGGUUUACUUUUCAACCCUGCAUCUGCCUCAACACUCACUCCAAAGCUGUACCCAGAGGAAGGAGACACACAUGUUUUAUUGACAGAGCUACAGGUGGUUUGAGUUUGAGCUGCUGGUGGACUGGGAAGGUUUCUUUUUUUCCUGUGUGGUGAGUCUUCAGAGCCAGGAUGCUGCCUAUUUUUGUGGCAUGUUUGGUAUUUCUCCUGCUCAGCUCGGGUAAGGCUCAGGAUGCUACACAGACUCAGGGGCAGAGCCAGAGACGAGGCCAGGGGCAGGAUGCUUCAGCCACUCCUUGGAGGCAGGUGAUCCAGUGGGAGAACAAUGGACGAGUGUUUAGCUUGCUGAACAGUGGAGCUGAGUAUGUCCCAGCCGGGGCAGGGGCACAGGACAGAGGUCCCAGGGUGGUUGUGGCAGAUACUCGUUCACGCUCUUCUCGUAGACCUCAAGGAGGAAAUGUGCGCCGGCAGGCUCCAUCAAGAGGAUCUUCUGAGACUGUUCGCGGGCAGGCAAGGCAUCCUUUUGGCUUUGGGCAAGUGCCUGAUAACUGGAGGCAGACAGCAGGCAGCACAGGCGGAGGCCAGUUCCAAGGAUCUACUAGUGCUCACUUCAGACCAUCAACAGGCUCGUCCUCUUCAUCGUCAUCAUCUUCAUCCUUUUCUUCAUCUUCUUAUAAUAUUCCGUCCUACCCACAGAGUGCAUUUCCACAACAGCCUCCCUACCAACCUGUGCCUUAUGACCCUAGUUUUGUAGAAGGACCAGUCAGGAGCUAUGAACCACCUUUUCAGCCUGUAGUUGGUGGAGGAUAUGGUGGUGGAGGAUUUGUACCUGGACAAGGGUACACAGGGGGAGGGUAUAUCGGCGGAGUGCCUCCAGUCCUCCCAGGUUCUCCCUCUGAUUUUACAGACGACGGCUACCGCUACUACCAGUCUUAUGGCUAUGGGCCCAAUCCUGUGGUUCCAGCACGUGCCGCCCAACCACCAUUCACAGAUGGUCUGGACCACAGAUACACCCACAGCCUCUUCAACGAGGACUCUGCUCCCGCUGUCCCCGCUCCCGAUCCCAACCAACGUGCACCUGUGAUCGUGGACAGGUCAGGACCUGCUGGUCAACCACCAGUCAGGAGCCCACAGUACGAACAAUUCCCUCCAUUUGGAAGACCUCAGCCACCCUUUCUUCAGCCCAUUCCUCCAGUCAGAAAUUCUCCAAACUCUGCCAUUGAAAACCCCAGUGUGAGUGUCGGGAGUGUGUACCGACCAGAACAAAGAGGUACAGUAAGCUUUUUGUUUGGGUUUUGUGAACUUGCACCAGGUUUUCUUUAAUCCUUUGCUUGUUCAGGAAGUUAACCCAGAUCUUGGAAAUCAUGAUAAGCUGCGACACAUGUGUGGAACAACAAUAGAUUCAGAUGUGGAGCAUGUUCACGCAUGGGCUUUUGUCCAAAGUUUUUGUCUUUGAUGCAGAAAACUGAAAGCUUGCCAUGAGAUUUCUGUUACUGCUGGACAUGUGAAUUUAAAAUAUGCACACCAGCCCCUCGGGAACAUUAAUUACCAUCAUAUUUUCCAGUAUCCCUUUUUUCUUAUGUUUAUCAGAUAUCUGAGGUAAUCCGAGUGAAACAGCUGGUACAAAUCCAGCCUCUUUUUCAGUUUACAAACAAAGCAAAGUGGACACAAGAUUCAUCUUUUCCCACUUGUCUGGUUAUUGAAACCAGGUGUGGAGCGAGCCCUGCCAACGCGCAGAGAGCACACAGAAACCUCUGUGUUUUGUGGGGAGUUCUCUGCUAUAUGACAGAGGACUGGUUCACGAGGCGUGCUGUGUUUGGUAAUGGUGCGGGUGACCUCAUAGAGGGGCUGCAGACAUGAGGGGUGUUGGUGGGCCAUGGCUGGCUCCUGAGCAUGAGGACAGGAGAGAGGAAACAAAGGAGGGGGAUACAGUACUUCACUACUCUCUGAGGGGGAGGGAGAGUGUGGAAAGUCCCUCUAACACAUGGGGUCCAUUGCUUAAGCUACAGGAAAUCAAAGAAAUAUUUACUCAGAGCUCUGGAGGGAAGAGUGAGGAAUGUCAAAAUAUGUGAUACCUCCCCUUGAAAAAAGAUCUCUUUAAUUUGCCAACAGUUUCUUAAAAUCUAUGGCAAUUUAUUUUCUCUGCCUGUCAUUGAUCCAAAAGAAAAUAAGUUUCUUACAGUAAAAAUCCGAACAGACUGUGAAGUUUUUCUCUGUUCAGACUGCCAGAAAAAGUUCAGAGUUUGAUCAAGGAGACAGCCAGUACCUCAAACAAGAUUCUCUGGAUUUCAGUAUCUAGAUUUACAAUGUUUUUACUUCAUAAUAUUCCUAACUUUCGCAGCAUCUUGAAACUUAAUUUAUUGUACACUGCAGAGCUGUGAGCAGUUUUAAAAACAAAAAGGCAACAUGUGUGCAGAUGCCUAAGGGCUCCCAGUAAUCGUUGUGUUAAAGAUUAAAUCUUUGGGAACUGUAGAAAGUUGACGUUUUUAUUUCCCUGCUUCAAAGAACUGCAUAAAGCUGUUGUUACACUACCAGAAUAACCAUUAUGAUUUUUGAAAGGCAAGUUGUGUUAUACCAGGAGCAGUGAGACAUAUAGGAGCAGCUAAUGGUUUGCAUAAACACAAUUUUCAGUGGCUUGGCUGCUCAUUAGAUAAUACAAAUAAAUUUAGCUGGCUGACUAUGGGCAAUGCACCAAAACACAUCUUUGCAUAAAUAGCUUAAGGCAGGGUUAGCAUGAGUGGACAAGAUGCCAGGUUCAACCAUCAGCAACUGAAGUGUAAAAAAACAACAACAAUCACUCAGUUCACAGUGUUUAAAGCAGAAAAUCUCCAGUCCGUGCUUUUAGUUUCAAAUGGUUUAACAAAGUUCUUGCAGAAAGUAUGUUAAGUUUGAUGCACAACCAAAACUACAAGGAUGGCAUUUUGCUAUAUUUUCUAUUUUGCACCCUCUGUAAGCCUUACUACAUAGGGUGACCAUACGUCCUCUUUUACCUGGACAUGUCCUCUUUUAGGGGGCUGUCUGGCCUGUCCGGCCUUGUCAAAUCCUUAAAAUGUCAAGGGUUUUGUAUAGAAGUUUUGAGUUUGUGUCACGUGGACUUACUGAGUUAGAAGCGCGUAAAAAACCACUCGAUUCGACCUGGAAAACUCUCAAAAUUAACUACACUCAACUCUGUGACUCUGCCGCUGUGUAGUCGUGCCCUUUUUAGGGGGGGAUUCAGAAUAUGGUCACCCUAUUGCUGUAUGCUACAUUAAAGAAAAAAAAAUCAUUUUGUCAUGUCUGCAAAAUGGAGAAGUUUUCUGGUGGCAUAAGACAGUUUAGACAAAUCUACACUAUGGGGUGCAGGGUUCAAUUGAGCAGUUAAGGCUUGCAACCAAUGAUGGGUUACUGGUUUGUCCUUCUGCUGUGACUCUUUGCUGUAUGUCAUUUUCCACAUGCUUCCUACACUGCCCGUCUCUCUUUAGCUUUCCUAUCAAAUAUUCCCAAAAUAAUGUGGAACUUCAAGGCCCAACUAAAGACCAGAAAACCAGUUAUUACACCAAGACAAAGGUGUGUCAUCGUAUUCAAACUGUCCUUUUUGCCCUUUAUAUUCAAAUCAGUUAGCAUUAUAACAGCUGACCAUAUAUCUAUAAUGUUAAUAAUCAUAAAUAAAGAUGUGAUGCAAUAAAAGACACUUCAGGGGGUUUAAAUACCUGAUAAAAUGCAGAUAAUGAGUCAUUUUGAAUGACCUCCAUGAAUUUCAAGUUGUCUAAUCAUUGAGUCUUUUGCAGAUAAAAGCAGGAGUAACUACACAGCCACCCUCAUGUCUUUUACCCUGCUAUAUUAGAUGGUAUAAAACACAUUGCAAGAUUCAGUUUCCUUUUCUCUGUGCCCCACUUCGAGUGUAAUGUGUGGCUUUGUCACAUGCUGUCGAGAGCUGAUCAGCUUUGGCUUCUGAAUACACUUUAUCCCACUGAAGGAGACCCAAUUUCACAUUUCAAAAGAUUAGGGGACAGAGAACAAAGCCUUCCUGGGGUGAGAAGGAAAAGUGGGGUUGUGAGAGCUGUUGGAAAACCUCUACAUUUCACACUGCUCUUACUGUGUUUACAUGAUCUGCCUCAGGAAGUUUCCCGGUCUCAUACGCCUGCCUCAGUGAGAGAGAGCUGUCAGAUGGGAUGUUUACAUGAUGCCCCCAAAGGCAGAGCGUGUAUUUAAACUUGCAGCUCUGAGGAGACUCACCUGGAAGUGAUACAAUGUGAAAUAUAAAGCAGGGAACUUUGAUCUGGUUUCCAUAAAUAAACUAAAACCAAAACCCUUUGUGCUAGUCCAAAAUCUAAAGAUAACAGUUCAGUAUUUCAUCAUCUGUUUUUCUAGUCCUCGGUUUAAGCUCGACGCAACAGAACUUAUGGGUUGUACAUCAUUUUUGUGAUUUAAUGAAAGUUCCCAGGCUUAGAAGUCAGAUGGUUUGACUUUCAUUUGCUUGAACAAGCACAUAUUAAAGCAUGUCUGGUCUUUGUGCGCUAACCAGGAGGAGUGAUAAGACAUUCAAUCUGACAAGUAAGGCCUGCCUUUUUUCCUUGUUCCUUGAAUUUUCUGACAGAUUUGGUCAGUGGCCUACUUUAAAAAUAGCAGCGGUGUGAGAUCACUGUUGUUUUACCCUGGCAAGCACGUUCUACUUCUCCGUGCAUGUCUCUGUCUGGGUCUCCUAUUGUAUAUCUGUGCACCUUUGCCUCCCUACAUCUCUUCAUCUCUGAUACUCGCUUGCAGAAAGCAAAACAUGAGAAACAGAGACUGCCUCCCUGUGAUACUUCAGCUUAGAUAUUUCUGAGUUUAGCCCUCCUUCCAAAAGAUAUGACGAGUCAUACUAUGUUCACCGUGUUAAAGGUUUAGUUGAAGUGGCACAUUCAUAUCAAGAUUAGUGUCAGUCAAGAUCACAUCACAUUAGGUAAUAAGGCCACUCAUUAUUGGGCUAGAGUAUUUCUUCAGUGACAAGAUGGAUUUUGUUUAUUCGAACAAAUGGACUUGAUGUAUUUCAAAUGUGGUUUGGAUUCUUACAAUGUGGGAGGUCCAAAUGUAGCCCCUCACCCUGUUUAAAGGGGAGGAUGGGAGAUCGGGAGAGCAGGAUAAUAAUCUGGUAUGCACAGUAUUAGUGAGCAACAGCUCUUGAGAGAGUGACACUUUUGUAAACGUGAGCACUGUUGCCUGUUGCCUGUAGUCCAUCAGCACCAUCAUGAAUAAGAUUGUUUAUACAUGUGAAAAAGUUUCUGACACACAGAGUUUGAAUUCAAAGAAAUCAAAAAGUGGGACAGACACAACCACUGAAGUUUGGAUUACUACAUGAAAUCACAGUGGUAGAGCUAAAUUGGGGCAGUCCAGAUAUGUUGGUGUUGACAAUAACUCUUUUUGGGGGGAUAAAAUGAAAACUUGAAGUCGUGCUUAGAAUUAUCAUGCAGUAUACAGUGAGUUUAUUGUUUACAGUCCUUCACACUGGAUGGUACACGUCACAAAAAACCAAAGACAGAUGAUGGUGAAGAAGCAGCUGCUAGUGAGCUAGUAUUUAACACUCUUGGAAACCGGCAUACAAAGAUUUACUGUGAAUACAAAAAUAACAUCAGGGUUACAUCAAAUAACAUGUAUACUUAGACCUUUUUUUUCAACCAUUUUCAUUCAGUUUUGUCACUUAAGAUCCACCGGAAGAAGUGAACUUGUAUGUUGGUUAAACCAUAUCGGUCAUAAAGCAACCUUAACAUAGGACAGAAAAAAAUCAAAAUAAAAUAUGACAAUGGUUUAUGAGGUCAUGUCUUCUUCAAACAAGUUUUGGUCACAGCCCAGUCACCGGGAUGAUGAUGUGGAUAAAUCGUAAGUCUCAACUUCAAUAGAAAAGGAUGGUUUUCUGUAAGUUUACCAUUUUUAUUGGUAAAAUUCUGAGGCAAUGUCUUCUCUGCUCUUGUCUCACCUUUCCUCAAUUUUGAUGAAUGAGUUAUUUACGAGGUUUUAUAAGAAAUAUUGCAAUAAUAUCAUAAUCAUGGUGUUUUAUGGACACGACAAUCAUGAGGUGGACAUCCCUAUGCUAAAAUUUUGACUUUUUCUAAUAUGGUGUCUCCUAGCGCAUCUGUUUCUUAACUGUUUGGUAAAAAGUGUAUGAGAACAUCACUGUUUGUUCUCCAAACAAGGUCGUGUGCUAUUUAAAGUGGAUGACUGAAUAUGAUGGUUAAGUAAUCAUUUAUUUAUUCCAGGUUUGCCUGACCUGGUUCCUGAUCCCAACUAUGUCCAAGCUUCCACAUAUAUCCAAAGAGCCCACAUGUACUCUCUCCGCUGUGCUGCUGAGGAAAAAUGUCUCUCAAGGUAAACUAGUUUUGCAUGACCUCCACUCGUUCUUUCUUCCUUAUCUUAAUUUGUUUUUUAAUAUACUUUUUUGUAGGUUUAUUACAAAACAAUGUCACAGUAUCAGACACAUUUGUUUCCCCUGGAUUCUGUUACUAAUAUGAUUUUUUAAUUUUACUGAUAAAUUCUCAUGUUAAUUAUUUCUGUUGCAUCUUAAAAGAUUUGCUUUUUAGUAGUAAGGACACACAAGAUGUUUGAUUGAAGUAAACUGCAAAAUAAGAUCAUCAUUCAGUAUCUUAGUGUCACUCUCUGAUGGGUUGGGGUCCUGCUCUGCUUUAUCCUAUGCAUUGACAGCAAUUCAAUGUUCAUAUGAAAAGAAGAUAAACACCUUUUAUAGAUGGCGUCACCUUUGGGUAACAUUAACCGGCAAGUGAACUAUCCACAACGUGAGACAGCCUUGAGGAAAUCACCAGUUCUUUGCAACUAUAUCUGAAGCCUACGAUGGAAAAAACGGACCCACGGCAAAACACAAAUGAACUAAAUCACGGUCACCUUGGGGGAUUCGGGCUAUCGUUAGUUUCAUUUCCCCGUGCUGUUGGAUCUAGCAUCCCCUGAGCCCCAGGCCCGGACCCUUUGACUGCCUGUGCACUAAGGACACUAUUGAAAUGAUGGAAGUGUGCAGUCCCCAUGGCUGCUCUUUCGCCCUCUUCCCAUCACAAGCCCAUCCAUCCCCCAAAUCCCUUUCAUAUCCUGUCAGAGUUUGCAGCAAUCACCGACAGAUGGCCUGUUGUAAUUUGUGGUACACUCCAUUGUCAACAACAGCCACAAGACAAAUGGCUUACAUCCUCAGCGGUAGUGUGAACUCCAGGUUCUGUCGGAAAGGAAAUCGUGCCGCUGAAUGUUCCCCUUCCCGUGUUUAAACUGUAUAUUUGGAGAGCCGGUUGUAAUCUGUAGGUUGAAUUAUUUAGUAGAUGUGCUCCUGCCUCCAAGCCUUUUCAGUCCUCUGCUUCUUUCUUUUCCUUGUCUUAGAUAUGAGAAACACAUUCCUACAUUCUCUUUACAGUUUCCCUCUCUGUUCGCUGUCCUGAUGUAUGUGUUUGCCAUUCAGCUCUGCCUAUAGCCCUGAGACCACUGACUAUGAUGUAAGGGUCCUACUGCGAUUCCCACAGAGGGUGAAGAACAAGGGGACUGCAGACUUCAUGCCUAACAGGCCGCGUCAUACCUGGGAGUGGCACAGCUGUCAUCAGUAAGUGCUUAAUCCAACACAGAUUUGACCCAAACAGUAAGUUAUUCUUCACUGAAAACAUGGUGAAAAGCACGGAGCUGGUGACCUAACACUGUGUCAGUCUGAUUUUAUUCCUAGAAAGUGGUCUUAUGUAUGUGCCUCGGUACUUUUCACAGAGGAUAGUAAAUAUUUAUCACUUAAACUGUGAUGUAAGGUUAUUGCAACAUGAUAAAAAUGGACUGACAGGCUUUUUGAGGUGAGAUCUGAUCUGAUGGUUUGUUCUAAAACUUGUCAAAUUCUUGAUCCAGCGGUUAUUAUUGAUAGAUUUGUGAAAAAAAGAUAGUUAAAAAAAAAAGGUUGAAUUGAAUAUGGUCUGAUGCAACAAAGAUGACGAUGAAAAGGCCCGGAUUCAAUCUCAGCUCUGAUCCCAUGUCAUUACCCACUCUUUUCCAGUUUGUACUCUUUCACUGUUUUGUGGCUAAAAGCUAAAAAGGCUAAAAAUUUACUUAAAAAUGGAAUUUAGAGUGUCUUUAAAGCUCCUGUGAAGAGAUUUCAGCUGGUUAUCAAAUGAGCUGAAGUGAACACUCAGUACAUUUACAUGGCAUUUGACAAAAAUGAAUUCUUGCCUUACUCUGAUUAAGACCUGGAAACUGAAGUGCAUGCAAACACCUGAGUCCGACUGUAAUCAGAGUUUGGAGUCGGGGAACUCUGAUUAAGACAUCCAGAUAUUGCAGCUGGAGUUCGAUUUUCUCUACCAUGUAACCAGUGUAGUCAGAGUAGAAUUGGACAAUGCACGUGUGCAUGCGCCUCGACCCGUAACCCCAAAACAAAAACACCAGAGAAGAGGAGUAGCGUGCAUCUCAUCUGCAGAAAAUGUAGCGCAUACAUCGUGUACGACAAAAACAACACAGUACGAUGCUCCAUCUUCUUGCUCAAAAAUGCCCAGCAGCAGUUGUAGCCACUUCUGACAUCUGGCACGGACCUGCUGUUGUUGUUGACAGUUGUAUGGCAUCAACCGCUGAAAAGACCCAUAUCGGUGAAGCGAUUAAGCUGAGCAUGUAAACCCACUGACUGACACAUCUUUAUGACCCACAAAAGCAAACAAGUUCAUCUGCAACAGAAUAAAUACGUCCUUAUGGUCGUUAACGACAUUCAUAAUUACUGCAGAGAGAAAGGUGUGAGAUAAAAGAGGGUUACAGCACCCUGCAAAGAACGCCUUCAAUGACAUUUUCCACAGCAGAGGUUCAUAAUGAAUGAUACAACUGGCUCCUAAAAUUAAACACAGGGGGAGGUCUCCUUUUUAAACUGAAUACACUUCUUGAUCAAGCAGGACAGAGUAGGCAAAGAGAUAUGGAGCUGCCAAAACUGACGCAAACCUAUUGAUCCUCACAAGAAGCCAAAAUUUACUUAGAAUUAUUGGAAAGAGCAAGAAAGCAUUGAUGGUUCACUGAAAGUAUUCCCAACUGGGACACAACCAUGACCCUUAAUAAACAUCUUCAUGUGGUCAUGUUUGACUCAGUUUUUACAGUCAGAGAUGGAAAUCACAAAGCACAGAUCAGUGAUUUGCAUCCAUUCACUCCCUUAAGGUGUUACAUUGAACAAGAAUCUUAGCCCAUGAUCAAUACACUGAGUAAGGGUCGGACUGAUCAUCUUUUUGAGACUACCGAUGAGGUGAUUUUUGCGGUGUCUUCGUUGUUUUAUGGCAUUAUAUUACACAUAGACGCACUUUUACCUCAGUUUUAGCAAGUCCACCCUCUGGUAUGAGUGCCAAGCUCUGCUUUACUGCCCUCAUCUUACAGGAAUGUUGACUGGCUGUUUGGAGAUUGGCAGUGUUGUUGCUGUCUGACAUCAGUCUGCCUUUACACUGUGGUUCCCAGGAGGCACAAAGCCAAGGCAAUCAUUCCUCAGACUGUGUGAUCAGAAUGACAAAUCAAUCCAUUUUUCUUGUCAAUCUGACACCAGAUAACAGGGCUGCUAAAGUAUGAUGGCAUGGAUAUGGGUUACUGGGACAGGGUGUUUGUUAACAAAGAAAUCUCUGAAGGGGAAGAAAAUCUCCUACCCAGAUUCCCACCAUAAACUUUUCCUGCCCUACAUUUUUGUUGGAUAAGCUGUGAAGUUGACAAUUUUGCUCUUCACCACAUUCACCCUUAUCUUUCUCACUGGAGUGUUGGAAGGAAAGGGGACUGCAGUCUCUGGAGUCUUCCAGGCUGUGAAAAUGUUGGAAUUUUCUACAUUUUUUACACAAAUGAGGACACAGAUUUCCAAGUGGGACCUUUCUUUGCCUCUCAGUUCUAGAAACAAGAGGUAGUGAUUUGAAUAUGCAGUUUAUUUGGACUCUUUUCAACUUGUGCUUUGUUUUUCCAACUUAUGUUUGAGCUUUAUUAACUUAACCUUUGUGGUCAAAGAUCAUGACUGCUAUUUAUGCAGCCACUUGAGCAUUUAUCUUCAUAUCCUGGUUGUACCGUGUGAAAGGCAAAUGUCAGGCCACAGCUUAAUAGUUUUCAAAGAACCGACUGUGGUGCUUCAGGUUUUACAACCGAGGCUGUGAUUUAAGAGCUCCUCAAAGUCCUGUUGCUGCACAAGUGGAAAAUGACUCAAAGCUAUGAAGCAGGACUGAAAUGCUUUGUAUAUUACGAACUCAAGUUAUUCUUGUAAAAUACUCUAUUCGUCCCUCCAACACCACAUUCUCUGUAGGUGACAUAGUCAGUGAGGGGAUCCAAGGAGGCAGGGGACACUUACUGGCACACUCAAACCUUUUUUCUUUGCUUCCCGCACUGUUACUUUCAAUUUCACAUACACACUCACGCACACAAACACAUAGACACACAUAUUAUAGAUAAUCAUCUCAAGACUGCCUACGAAAUGAAUGCCAGUCUCAGGAACACAAACAAAGACUGUGUUUCAGCCCUUCAACGAGCCCUUCACUCCCCUCCCUGCUUUAUACACACACGUGACAGUAAACACUUUCAAGUGUUGCACAAAUGCCUAUUAACAUGUGCAUCAGCAUGUGAGCUGAGACAGUAUCUUUACUCACAGGCAUAAUAACAAGUUGUUCAGUGUCAGGUAAAGCAGACUUCUUUUAACCUGAGAGGAGCUCGUAAUUGAUUGCCUCUCAAAUGGAAAGAAUGAGACUUUGCAUGGUCACUUGCUCCGACAGUGGAAAGUACCCACUAUUCCCUCCAAGUCAUCCCUCAAUCUUUAAUGACUGUUCCAGUAAAAGCUGUAGUAGUGUUGAGACACACUGGCCAUGAAGUAAGACUAAAGGGCCACAUUUAUAAAGUCUGACUUUGUCUGACUGUAAGGGAUCCGGUGCUUACCUCACCUGCUGUAACAGCUUAAGUCAACACUGUUUAAGUGGCAACUUAAGAUUCAAAAGUUAAACACAUAAUGACACUAGGAUGACAGUACUCCUGCUGCUUCAUGGCUUUUAUAUCCCUUGUGUGUUUUGCUAUAAUGACUCGAUGAUAACAGGGCAGAGUUUCCUUAGAUCAGUACAGUCAGAGCAGAAGCAGGGACUCAUGGGUAAUGUCUUUCAAGUUCAGUAACUCUUGUAUCAGUGGACACAGCAGUUUCUGUUGCCAUUCAUCUUCUAUUUUGUUAAUCUGAAAUACAUAAAUCGCAGGGGCCGCAUUUGACAACAGGUUAAUCAUCAGUUUAACACCAAUUUCCUAAUUGAAACUGAACUUUUCUGAUAAAUGAAUUUUAUAAUGGGAGGAGAGGGAGGGCUUUAUGACCUAUACUGCAGCCAUUCACCAGGAGGUGCUCUAAAAGCUCUGGCUUCACUUAUGAGAACUGUUGUUCUGUUUGGUUACUCCUGACUGUCAGAGGUGGUGCUUUAAGCACUGAAUGAUACUAUAUUGCACAUCUUCGGGUCAAGAAGCUAUGCCAACUAAGUCAGGUCUGACCCCUCAUAGACUGCACCAGCCUGUCUAUCUGGGACACGUGUCGGCUAGCUUUGCAUGAUUUGCACUUUAAAAAAAUUCUUGUUGAAAACACCAAUAAACAACAUUAUUGUUUUAUCUGCAAAUAUUACCACAACACAGCCAGAUAAGAUGAGGUUUUUUUUCUACACAGUCUUAAAUUUGUGAGGUCUUGCCCCCUAACAAGUAUCCCAUGUUACAAAAAAUAAAACUAACACUGAAACUAAUUCCAACUACAUCAAAACUAAGUGUUUAAAAAAACCUGAACUCAACUAAAAACCAGCCUGAAAAAAACAAUCUUAAAAAAAAAACUUAACUAAACAAAUUCCAUAAAAACUAAUUAAAAUGUCCAAACCCAUUACAGAUGUCGCACACUCACAGAAAUAUUUUGGCCUCAUUGGAAAAUUUCCAUCUAUUUGAAUUACUUAAAUUUAACUUAAACUGGCCAAUAAACUUUAUGUUCUGCAUUUUGUCAGUGGAAUCUAAAUAAUACAAUUAAGAAUUAGAUUUAUGUAAUAAUAUCAAUAAACCCAAUGUGUUUAGAAUAAAUAAUGAAUAUUUAUGUAUUCACCAUUGAUAACUCCAAUUUGUUACUAACUAAAAGAAUCUUGGUUGAUCAACAGCUCAUCAUAUUUAAACUGCAUUCAUACAUUUUAACUAAUUAAAUUUGAUUGUUUUCAGAAUAACAGAUUUAUGCUGAUUUUAAGAAAUUUGAAUAAACAAAUUCUAGAAAUGUAAUAAUUUAAUUAAAAUCAAAUAAUAAUAAUUAUCCUAAACUUUAUUUGUAAAGCACCUUACUGGAACAGUUGUCACAAAGUGCUACACAGUCAUCGAAUUAAAAAGGGUGAGACAUCAAGACAUAAAAAUCAACAAAAAGUACACCAGUAGCCAAAGUCCUGGUUAUACAAAGGCAAGUGCAAACAAAUGGGUAUUCAACCGCUUUUUAAAAAUGUGUCCACAGUCCUCAGUUCUUGAGGGAGAGAGUUUCAAAUAGAUGUAAAUACUUACAUUACUUACAUUACGUGGAAAAUUUCCAACACGAUGGGAACUUUGCUGUCGUCCUUAACCAAACGUGAAUGAUGCUGAAAAAAUACUGUACUUGUGCAUGUGUUUAAUGAUGUCAUGUCCUGAAAUCUAACAGCAAUAUCCAGUGUGCAUGACGUGGUUUUAAAACCAAAUAGCAAAAAAAUAAAACUAAUUCCCAGCACUUUUUAUGUGCUAAAAAAAAAAAAAAAUUGUCAAAAAUACCCCAUAGGUCAGAGUUUCAUACAAUUAAUCAGAUAAAUGUCAAUCAUGUGUGGAUGCUUGAACAACCCAGGAGAAAAACAUGAACAUGGUUGAGGUUUGAGUUUAAGCUGGGGUGUGUUUUAUGCUGUUGCUUUCAGUGCUGUGUAUAAAAACACCAAAUUAAUAGGCCAGAUAUAGAGCUUUAUUAAUUAACAUCUAAUUAUGUUGUCGCUACUCAGUGGGUGCACAAAAGGAAUAGCAUCCCGGGUCACUUUGACAUUUGGGAGAGGUCCAAGCCAAAUACAUGUCGCAGUUUAUUCUGCUGAUGGUUUCAAAUGAACCAUCUCAUUGACCGAGUCACUCAGUGAGAGGCAGCGGGUUCAUAUUCGGGUUCAGUUGUGAUCAUCAGUGGCCAUGCGCACCCAAGCUUUCAUAAGCUGCUAAAGCUGUGCAAACAAACACGACAACACACUGCAACAAGCACAGGAAAACCAAAACACUGCGAUAUAAACACACACACUCAGACACGCGCGCACAGUUACUGAUGUGUGCACUAAGACUUGAAAUAACAACACGUACCUCUUCACACAUAAACACGCACAAUCCUGCACAUGUGCUUACACACACCUCUGAUCUUGCAGACUGAUACAAGCUAAUUAACAAGACUCAUACAUCAUUAGGGUGUUAAUGUUGUGCUACAACAAUACUUUAUUGUGGCCGUUAAUUAGCGUCCAUUGUCCUUUGAUAUUUUAUGAUGUGUUCAGUCAAGGUGCAGCAUCACUACAAAGACGUGAACAUAAGAGGUCAGCUGGCUGUACACACAAUGCAAUAAAUUCACUGUCUGUGUUUGAAGUCACAUAUUAACUUUGUAUUCUGUAUAACUUUAAUAGCAGACUAACGAACCCGAUACAUCUGCAGUGAGCUCAGCUGAAACACAGUUCCUCAGGCACAACAAUACACCCUCCUGAAAUGAAUCUAAACUAUCUGACCCACAUCAAAAUGUUCGUUUCAUUUUAACCAUUUCUGUCUUCUGCUUUUUUUGCCCACCAGGCACUACCACAGCAUGGAUGAGUUCAGCCAUUAUGAUCUUAUAGACGUCAGCACUGGGCGUAAAGUUGCAGAGGGACACAAAGCCAGUUUCUGUUUGGAGGACACCACCUGUGACUUCGGUCACCUGAAACGCUACGCCUGCACCGCUCACACUCAGGUAGCAAAAGAAAAAAAACGAAGUAUCAUAAAAAUUAUGAUUUUCAAAUAAGUAUCAUGACUGUCGAAUUAUUCUUUGCAAACCUCCUUCUUUAUCAGCACUCAACAAAUAUCAAUUUCCUGUUGCCUGAUCCUAACACCUGAUAAUAUGUAACAGAAAGUUAACGUCGGUCAGCUGUGAACUGAUUCUUGUUAGUUGUUAAGUCAACAGCUGGAUUUAAUUGACUCGUCUGCUAAUGUUCGUCUGUUUCGGACUCGGAUUGUGUUUCCUGUAAGCAUCUCACCUCCCUUCUCUCUCUCCAGGGUUUGAGUCCGGGCUGCUACGAUACAUACAAUGCUGAUAUUGACUGUCAGUGGAUCGAUAUCACAGACAUCCAGCCUGGAAACUACAUACUAAAGGUAAGAGUCAAGUGAGAAUUGAAAGUGCGUGGAUGCGGCCAGUUUGUGGACAGAAUAGGAUUCACGUACCAGGAAAGUACAGGGAGGUCAAGGUCACCAAAACAAAUUGAUCUUGGUCAUAAAAUAGUUAUUAAGUUUCUGAAGUUUUAGUUUUCUGGAGUUACCUGGAGUAACUUUAAGGUCCCGACACUGCAUGGCUCAGUGGCACACAUUUCACAUUAGUUUUCUUUAUUGUACAGGCACACUUUAUCACUUUUGUGUUAUUAAUCCAAGAUUUAUCCUCUCUAAAGCAUUAUUUAGCCCACUAUUUAAAUCCGAUGUUUCUGCUGAAUUAUUUGCUCUGUGUUUUUUGUCUCGCAGCUCCAGGUGAAUCCCAAGUUCUUGGUGCUGGAAUCAGACUUCACCAACAAUGUUGUCAGAUGUAAUAUACACUAUACAGGACGGUUUGUAACAACAACUAACUGCAAGAUAGCACAGUAAGUAUGACAUGAUGUCCAAGUUUUCAUGACCUGGUUUAACACUGACUUGUAAUAUUAUACUGAGGCAGUGUGGAUUUAAUUUGCAAAGCUCUCCAAACCUGAUGCAGGGAAACCUGGGAAAUCUUCACAUAUUGUCCUUUUUAAAAAAUGAAAAGCUAACUGUAAAUCAUUUUCCUACUGAGUUACCCUGAACCUCGUGACGGGGUGGCAGCUUAGUGCAGUUUUAUGAAGAGCCUCUCUGUGUUUUGAAUUACUUAGAGGACUUAAUGGGUUCCUGGCUGAAAUAUUUGAUGAUAUAAUGAAUGAGGUUCUCAUUCUCCAGUUAAGAUUAAUAGCCUCUGAAACUUUGAUAUUUUCCCUCAAAGGGAGAUCUCAGGGUGUUGAACUUUUUAAAUAGCUCUAUUAAGAAGUGUAUCACUGCACUCAGAACUGCUAUCAUAUCCUCUAAAAGGCCUUCAUAUAGCGAAUAGAUAUACAUGAGUAAAGCAUCAUUAGGUUCUAGUGCUCUGGCUCGUCUCUCAUAGUUCCAGCAAUACUGAGAGACACAAACUCAAUUUGUAUUACAACAAAACAUUUUUACACCUUAUGACAACUUGAUACAACAGCUGCCAAACCCAAAAAGGAUAACAUGAGAAGGUUUAACAGUAAAAUGAUAUUUAAACAGUAUCUUUGUUUGGAAAUAAAUCAACUUAUAUCAUGCAGAUGCAUAUGAUCAUGUCCACACUAAUAUGGUUUCAUCAGAUAAACAUUUUCUGCAUUAUAAGGGACUAAAGAUAAAUUUAAGAAACUAGUCUUUGUGAACCACAAACUUAUACAGAUUUUAGGAUAGCUUAAAAAUGAGAUCAUACAAAGUUAAAAAAAAAAAUAAAAAAUAGGGCACUAAUAUGAACUUUUUUUCUUUAUUUUGCUGCAAUCAAAAAUAAGAUAAGGUAAGAUAUUCCUUUUAUCAGUUCACAGGGGGAAAUUCCAAAUUUACAGCAGCCAUAAAUACAAAAGAGAAAUUAAAGGAUGAAAAACUUAGGGGGGUUAAAUAAGAUAUAUAUGAGUGAUUUUUUUUACAGCUGUUCUGUACAUGUUUGAUAGAUUAAAGUUUGGGGGGAAAAUCAUUUCUAUAGAUGGUCAGGAUGGAUUUGAACAUACACCUUGCACAUUGUUGAUUUCAUUUAAAAUUAACUCCAUGAAUUAUUUUAAAAUAAGCCAUGAACAUUUACAAAGAUGACAACAAAUCCCUGAGCCACACUUGUGACCUCAGCUGACCUUGAUGAUGGUCCUCUUUAAGAAGUACAAGCAGCUCUGGAAGAUUUACAAACCCACUUCCAGAAAAUUGGGAGUUUGUACUAUAAUAAUGAGAUACUGAUGGUUCACUUCAACUCUACCUUUAAGUCUUAUUAGUUUAAAGACAGCAUAUAAAGAUGAAAUAGUCAUGUGCAUUUCCAAAGUUUGGAGAGAGACAAAAUACUUUAAAAUUUGUAUAAUGCUAAAACACACUCUGAGGGACAAAUCUGGGAAUAAUAAAGGCAAACCCAGAGAGUAUGAGGCUCUCAGGGUUUAAGACAGAAGAGGCCCACCUCUCUGAGAGGCUGUGUGAGCAAACAGUUGAUCAGUUUUAGGAUAAUGGUCUUCAGCUUAAAAUUGCUUUGAAUUUUAGGAUUACACCAUUUAAAGUGCAUAAUUUCAUUAAGAUGAACCAGAAAAAGAUUCAGGAGAAAUCUCUGUACAGUGGGAGACAAGGCCAAAAACAAAACUGGAUGGCUGUGAUCUACGGGCCUCAAGUGGAAAUCACUGCAUGGGCACCAGGCAAAGAAAAUACCAUUAGUAAACAUGAUCCAGAAACAUGAGCCCACGCUCAUUUAAGAUGGACAGAGGCAUAGUGGGAAAGUGUCCUGUGUCCUAAUUAAUCCAAACUUGACAUUUUUUCUUCAAGUCAUGAAUGUCACAUCCUUCACAUCAAAGAGGAGAGGGACCAGCUGGCAUGUUAUUAUCAUACAAACAAUUCAGAGCCCAGCUUCUGUGAUGGCAUGAGGGUGCACAAGUGUCCAUGGUCUAGCUUUCACCAUAAAUGCUAGCUUUCACCAUUGUUUGGGGAGAUCUUACACAUCUGAGCAGGACAAUGCCGAAUCACAUUGUCCUGGUAGAACAACAGUUUAGCUUGACUUUGCACAGUGCACUGUGGUCCCUUUUUUAUUUUUUCGCAGGGGGGCAGUUGGGGUUCUGAUCCUGUCUGAAGUCACUAAAUUACCUUCAAGAGUAAAGCUGCCAUGAAUAUUAACAUGCAUGAACACUCAUGUGUAUGAAUAUGAAUAGGGUGGUUUUUAAACUAAAGAUGUUGGCCCUUACCUCUUUUUUUUCAAGUUUUCAGUCAAUAGACACACACACAUACACAAUAAACAGUUUUAAUUAUGUAAAUACUUACUGACAACCUUUUCAUUCAUUGUGAACAGUUUUUCUCAUUGCAUUGAAGUUUCAUCUGAGGAAAGUGACUUUUUGUUGUCUGUUAAUUUUGCAGGUCUUGAUCAGGCACUGGGAGGCUGCCAUGCUACAGUGACCCUGAUUGCUAUUCCAUUGAAAUGUGAAUGGAAUCCGUUUGUUGUUGGCUCAUUGUCAGUAUUGUUUGUUGCUACUAUUUUGUGCUGUCUCGGUGUGCUGGGCCCAAUGCAAACAACUGACACUGAAGAGAAAGUGGGGUUCAAAGCAGACACACACACACACAUACAUACACAUACACAUACACACACAGGCAUACUACAUGUUGCACAUUGAUACCCCAGCCAUGUUAUUACAUGCAAUCUGCAUUUACAAUGUCUUACAUUUCACUUAUUGUAGCUCCACCUGUCUGGUAAGGUCACUGUUAGUAUAUGUCAUUACUUCCAGAAAAAGUGUUUACUGUAUCUGCAAAAAAAAAAAAGAAAAGAAAGAAAAAAAAAAGCCAUGCAUGUCCCUGGCAGAGUGGCCUUGCUUGAAUGUUGAUUAGAAUGAGUCAUUUCAGACAAGUCAGGGUUUAGCUGCAGUCCAACAAUUAAUAUCAGGAGGGGAAACCCUCCUAGGUGCCUUCAUUAAUGCACUGUGGGGUCAAACAUAGAUGUCCAGUGACUCAGAAGAACUAAAUGUGUUACUCUGCCUCUGCAGGUCAGGCUGUACUGUGCUUUUCUGGGCACGUCUUGUUUAUUGUUGUGAUAACUGCAAAAAAACAAAAGGAAGACAGCAGGUCAUAUUUGCAUUUGUCAACUGCAACAAAUUAUAAGUCAACAAAAAAGACAGGGUGACUGGGCUCUGCACUUCUUCUAAAUCCUGCCAUGUUUGUGUUGUUCCCUCAUUCAUCCACUUUUUUUAUUUUUGUAAAUAUGAAGCAGGAAGCAAACUAGCUGUAAGGGUGCUUUCUUUAAACAAGACUUUCUUUAAGCUGUAUGUUUACAUCGUCCCAGGGCCUUUUUUUCCAACUAUAAACACUGGUCUAUGGUACAUUUUAACAUUUUGAAGAAUGUAUACACAAAUAUUCCACUGAUGCAUGAUUAAGAGUAUUUUAUUGUAACUGAUUGUAUUUUCUUGAUCCAGUUUUGACUGUUACUGUAGUUUUGUGAAGUUCAAUGAACCUAGAUUAAAGUAUAAAGUAUAUAUUUACUUGAAAUCAAAUGAUAAUCUAAUUUCAAAACAGUAUUUGUUGACAGAAAAAAACAGACUUCAAAUCAAAGUGUAAGAAAGCUGUCUUUACCUACCUCUCAAAUGAGCUGUCGUUUCCUCUCAGCUUCUUGGUUUCCGUGGAAAUUUGUGCUGUAGCUCACUGUGGACUCAUCAGGCAGUGUGUGAGGCAGCACACAGAUGAAACCUGCCAAUCUUUUGAAUUUAUAAAAUGAAGAAAAACACAGUGUACAGGAUACAAAUACUUCUUUCCUGACAACUCUUGCUCCCAGUCUUAUUUGUAAUCUCUGCAAUCCUUCCCUGAUGUCCAAACUUGUCACACAGUAAUUUUUACCAAUGCUUUUAUGAAGUAAAUCUAGUUUGAUUUAAUUAACAGAAGCCAAAAAACAUUGUUGUUUAUGUGGUUGCUUAAAAGCUGCCCCUACUUUCCACUUGCCCCGUUUCCAACAUUUCAAACAAGUUUAUGUUGAGGCAAUCACUCAGUGCAAAUACAUUUAAUUGUUAUUGCAAAAAAGAAACCCUUCAGAGUAUUAAAAUAAGAGAAUAAUCAUUUGAGAGUCAUUAAAAUGUUAACUGAAAUAUUGUUUACUGAGCUGAGGUUAAACUUUCUUGUACAAUAAUCUGGUUUUUAUGUAUUGAGCAGUGACAGAGCAUCAGAGCCUCUGUUUAUCACUGUUCACUUUUAUAAAUCUCCGCUUUUAAUUUUGCAAGUUCAUUUUAUUUUUUACUUACUGCUUUGAAUAAAGAAAGGCCUAGUCUUUGCCCACAGUAUUGGGGUCCCAUACAUCACUGUACUGUUCCUUAAAUUGAUAAGUUUUUUAUUUUAUUUUCACUUUGGUUGCUCAUGAUCAUACUGUACCAUUUCUGAGAGAAACAACAUGUGAUUCUGACAUUCAGUGGAACAGCAGCACAAGAGCAGGUGACAGUUAUACAGCAUCUUUGACAUGUGCUGAUGAAAUUUGUAUUUUCUUACAGUGAACACCUGUCAAAAAUGUCAUAUACAAUAAAUACAUUUACACCUCU